GGAAAUGGCCUAUUGCGUUUCCUCUAGAAAUAAAGAAAGACACCCCCACUAAGCAACACCGUGUGGCUGCAUUGCCAUUCUCCGUCGCGUGCUCAUCGUUGCUGCGCAAUGGAGCAGACGACUACCUCGUCGACAAGCGUGAGAUUUCACGCCCUCCCGAUUCAAACUGAUUUUGAAGGCACCACCGACAUCAGCGAGAACUUCACCGCUGCGAUGACGCAAGACCCACAGGAUCAUCUUAGGCACGCUGCGCUGCGUGGCCGGCGGCUCCUGGGGAAGGAGGUACGGCUGCCGGACGACUACGCGGUGGCGCUGGUGGCCGUCACGGACAACACCCCAGAUCCAUCUUCGUGGCCCUCGUCUUCUGCCUUCGCCACGGCAGGCGAGAAGGAGCGCUCCAUUGUGGUGGAGAAUAACAUGCUCGUGCAGGCAGCUGCGCCGUCGUAUAUGCAGUGGGAGCACGACCGACCGCCUGCUGCCGCUGCCGCGGUGCCGCAGUGGAUCGCCUUGGCAUCCAUCCUUCACUCGUCUGAGUGA